ACCGACAUCUCAUUCGUUCAUCAGGUCACGCACGGGGAGCUAGAGAGCGAGCACAUGUUACAACAAUGGCAUCCUUUUUACUCAGAUUGGGUCGAUUAAUGCCACAAACAACACAAGUAACAACCAGGUACUGUCGACGGAGUGCAAUUUUGGAGACUCAGUUAAUGAAACAUGGGCACGAAUUAAGUGUAUUUCGAAGUCAGUUUCUUAGCACAUCAGCAUGUUGUCAACAGUUUUCAACAAGUUUUAACUCUCACAAGCCAGAGAAUGACUUUCGUCGGAUCCUGAAGAGGUUAGAUGAUGCUGUACGAGCUACAGGUAGAAUCACACAGAACCAACUUACUGCUGUAUUUUCCGAAGUCUGCAAAAUGAAAGUAGCAACACCAAAUCAGGCCUUGCUCUUGAUCAGAAGCUGUGGAUCAUUAUUACCUGAAAUGCCGCUUGAGAAACGUUCAGAAUUAGCACACAAGAUAUGGGAAAAGCUGGCUCAACUCGGCACACUGUAUGAUGUUAGCCACUACAAUGCAUUAUUGCGUGUGUAUCUACAGAAUGAACAUAAGUUUCAGCCAACAGACUUCUUGGCAAAUAUGGAAGCAAAGGGGAUUGAACCGAAUCGAGUUACAUAUCAACGAUUGAUUGCAGCCUACUGCCAGAUGGGUGACAUUGAUGGUGCAACCAAAAUUUUAGAAUUUAUGAAAUCAAAAGAUCUUCCUAUUACAGAGGGAGUGUUUAACUCACUGAUCGAAGGACAUGCAAAAGCGGGAAACAUGGAAAGUGCCAAAGAAAUUCCUGAUCUAAUGAGGAAUGUCGGACUGGAGCCAAGUUUUGAGACGUAUUCCAAUUUAUUAUGUGCAUAUGCUAUCAAAGGAGAUAUGGCAGCUCUCGAAAGUACAUUGGAGGAACUGAAGGCAAUCAGUAUAACAAUUCCAGACAAAGUUUAUCUCAACGUGAUUGAUAAACUGGCUUGCAAUGGAUAUGGCAGUGAAGUUCCUAAGAUUCUUGAAAAUGUUAAGUUUAUCGGUGGAUUUUUACAAGAGGCCAUCAACCUUAUUAUCUCACUUCUCACCAAAGGGCAUGAUGAGAGUGCAUUUGCUAUUGUAAGGCUAUUCAAAAGCUUGACCAAUGAUACUGCUGCUUUCCCUGGACAGGAUAUUAAUCGCUGCAAUUUUCUCAUUGAUCACUUGGUCCAGAUGAAAAUGCCAUUAGACAAAAUGUGUAUGUACAUGGAAGAACUGCAGGAGCUGGGCCUUCAUCAGUCCCCAUACAUUCUCGGUCUUCAGUGUUCUCUCAGACGUGGAUUAGAAUACAGAGAUUACAGUUUAUCCAUACUGGAGACAAUCCAUAAGAAGAACAUUCCAAUAAGAGGUCUGUACUUCUAUCCAUUAAUGGCAUUGGAGGCAAAUCAAAAGAAUAAUUCAGGUAUUCUGAAACUAUUUAAGAUGGCUGUAGAUAUGAAUGCAACGAUGUCAAGUGACAUAUUUAAAAUGUAUAUACUGCCAGCCAUUCAAGGAACCACUGAUGAGAUCAUCCAACAGCUGAAGGAUUCUGGUGCUGUUCUAGAUGAUACACUACUAACUGCUGUAUGCCGGCAAGAAUCCAGUAAAGGCAACUUAGCAAGUGUUUACAAAAUUGUUGAGGAUAAUCCAGAUCUAGACGUUGCAGCGUUUAGAACAAAUAUUCAUGAAGGAUUCAUCAAGUAA